UCCAGCUGGUAAAGUGCAGGUUCCGGGUGGUCAUGGUGGAACGUGGAGCGGAUCCUCACAGGGUCAAGGUGGUCCACGGAGACCAGUUUGAGCUGUUGAAAAAAGCAGACACUGCUGCCAUCUACUGGUCAAUAAUCUGCACUACAGGUGAGAGUUCAGCUGCUUGCUCUCGCGAUACCUGCUCACUCGAACAGGACAUAAACAGGAACCGGGACAUGGCGUCAGUGUUCGGAGGAGUGGAGGGUGGAGGGACUGCCUCGAAGGCGGUUCUGGUGUCAGGAGAUGGGAGGAUCCUUGCAGAGACAGAGGGGCCGUCCACCAACCACUGGUUGGUGGGGGUGGACAAAUGUAUUGAAGCCAUCAACGACAUGGUGCAGAGAGCCAAGGUGGAGGCCGGACUGGAUCCAAACACGCCACUGGGCUCACUGGGAAUGUCUCUGAGCGGAGGGGAGCAGAAGGACGCCAUCGACAAACUGAUCGCUCUCAUGAAGGAACGUUUCCCCGGUCUCAGCCAGAACUACUUCAUCACCACUGACGCCAUCGGGGCCAUGGCAACCGCUAGCGAUUGUGGAGGUGUCGUGCUGAUAUCAGGCACCGGCUCCAACUGCAAGCUGGUGAAUCCCGAUGGCUCGCAGAUCGGCUGCGGAGGCUGGGGUCACAUGAUGGGAGAUGAAGGAUCGGCGUUCUGGAUCGCUCACUUGGCGGUGAAGACGGUGUUCGAUGCCCGAGACCACCUGGUCGCUCCUCCUCAUGACAUCACCCACGUCAGAAAAGCCAUGGAGGAAUAUUUCCAGGUGACAGAUCUGAUGGACUUGCUGCCGCACCUCUACAGGAACUUCCAGAAGUCCCACUUUGCUGGUUUCUGCAAGAAGCUGUCUGAGGGUGCGGAGGCCGGGGACGCUCUGUGUCAGCACGUGUUCACUCAGGCCGGGAGAGUCCUGGGAAAACAUGUGGAAGCCGUGUUGCCUGCAGCACAAGAGCCUCUGUUGAGGGGAGACCACGGCCUGCCCAUCCUGUGCGUCGGCUCGGUGUGGAAGAGCUGGGAGCUUCUGAAGCCAGGGUUCACAGAGGUCCUCGAUGAACUCGCCUCAUCCGACCACUUCAAGGGCCGUUUCCAUGGAUACAGCCUCCUGAGCCUGCGGCAGUCCUCGGCGCUCGGCGGCGCCAGUCUUGGAGCUCAGAGUUUAGGCGACGCCCUGACCAUGGACUACGCAGCCAAUGCCGACGUUUUCUACCGACACACCUUCAGCAGCAGCCAAUGAGAGAGCAGUGGAGGAUAAUUGACCGUCCUGUUUGUAAUAGUUAGCAUCAUCGCUCAUAAUGCCAGUAAUAAUUACAAUAAUGACUUUUGAACAUGGUGUAUCUCACUGAAAGAU